ACUUAUGAAAAAUUUGGCACAGUUGUUAUGUAACAAACUUCACUACAAGCAUCAAAAUAUGGAGCUAAUAACAUGAUUAAUUUAUACCUAAAUCAUUUUACUUUAUAGAAUUAAAAUUGUUUGCAAUGCCUGACAAGAAAUUUUAACAACGAUCAUGUUACGAGAAGAAUGUUAAUCAUGAGAAGGAAAGCACAUUCCAAGGCUAUUGGAAUCCAGUCAACAUCAUCCUCAGGAUUACCCAAAUGGCGACAAUCACCGAUCGAUUUAACCAAAAUAGCCAUCUGGACCAAAAAAUUUCCACCAUUAUUGUUAACUAAUUAUUGGUUAAAUAAGGGUACAGCUACAAUGACUAAUACAGGAAGAACAGUCACCAUUGAAUUUCCAAACAGAAAUGAGAUACCUUAUAUGCGAGGUGGUCCUUUGGGCAACGACGAGUUUCAAUUUAUGAACGUGCAAUUCCGCUGGGGUCCUGACAAUUCCUAUGGUUCUGAACACACCAUAGAUGGCAUUUGGUAUUCCAUGGAGGCACAGAUAAUGCACUGGAACACUCGUUAUGGUUCAAUCGAGAAAUGCUAUGAUAAACCAAAUGGAAUCGCGAUACUCUCGUAUCCUAUGCAAGUCGUUGGAUGCCCUGGAAUCCCUGAUAACCCUUCCCUUACACCAAUUACAGACCACUUGCGGAAAAUCAAGAGACCUGGGACCAACACUGAAAUCCCAGCUGGUUGUUUGCUAUGGAUGUUAGAUGCAUGUAUGGGUCACGGUUAUUAUACUUAUCCAGGUUCAUUAACAACUCAUCCAUACCACGAAUGUGUGGCUUGGAUUAUUACACCCAUUAUAACGAAAAUAGCAACUCGCCAGAUUGAUGCAUUUAGAAGCCUGUAUAACGGUAAAUUACAGCAUAUAUUGCAGAAUUGCCGGCAGCAGCAACCUCUUCGUAGAAGAAUAAUCUAUUUUGCUACUGACAAAGCUGUAGCAUGAAGACAUGACUAUUGUUGUAUAUAAUAAAAUUUGUAAUAACUUGUAUUGAAAUGAAUUUAAUUUAUAAAAAAUACAAAUGAUUUAAUUAAUCAUUGAUAGGUCUUACAAAUAUAGUUUAAA